GCUGUUCACUUUUUAUUGGAUUUCCUCUCCCACACAACCAUCAAUUCCUUUCACACUCUCUUCCUCUUUUGAGUUUCUCUACAACCAAAAAAAAAAAACUCAUCAUAACCUCCUCCAUCUCCAUUCUUCUCUCUCUCUCUGAACUUCUACCUCUUCCUCUCUGUGUCUCUGCCAUGGAAUCCGGCAAUAGUAGUAGCAUGCAAUCCUCAAGCGGCGGUGGUGGUGGAGGAGAUCAAGAAGAGUACGACUCACGCGCCGAUCAAUCAAUUUCUGCUUUAUUUAACCACAACAACAACAACAACAACCCAACCACCGUCUCCCCCAACAUCGCUGUUCCAACACAGCUUGACGCUCUCAUAGCUAACUACUUCAACACUUCUUGGUCAGCGGAUAAUCCUCUAUGGUCUACAACGGCUACGCAGCCCACCGAUGGCUCUAGACCAGUACCACCGCCGAUUUCGUCAGAACAAGUCUUCUUCACAAACCCACUUCAACAAAAUCUGAGAACAGUUCCUAACACAAACACAACUAGUCCCAUUUGUUCCGUCCCAACCGACAAGAAAAACGGUCUUGCGACAACACGGAAUCCAAAGAAGAGAUCUCGAGUCUCGAGACGAGCGCCUACGACUGUUUUGACCACCGACACAUCCAACUUCAGAGCCAUGGUUCAAGAAUUCACGGGUAAUCCUUCAACUCCUUUCACCGGAUUAUCUUCAUCUUUUCCAAGAUCACGAUUUGAUCUCUUCGGUUCUUCUUCUUCUUCAUCCUCACGACCCAUGAAACCCUUUCCUCACAAACUCAUCUCUCCAUCGACGUUGAAUCAUCAUUACCUUCCUCCUUCUUCAGAGUACCAUCAUCAUCAUCAGCAUCAGAAUCUUCUCCUUAAUAUGAACACGCCAAAUAUCUCAAACCCUUUUCUCAACAACUCUUUAACGGAUCAACCGAAACCCUCGAGCUUGAGAACGAGUAAUGGUUUUGGACACGUGGACGUUGGAACAAACUUUGAGGGGCUUCACAACAUUAUCGUCUCUUCUUCAUCGUCGAUGACACAGCCAACCCUAAAUACUAUCCAUGGACCAGAAAAGAGUACUGAAGCCGAAAAUGAUAAUAAUAUGCUAAGAUCCAUCAAUGGUAAUGAUCAACCCAUGGUCCAAAGAUCCGAUGGUUACACACAACCUGGUGCUUCUGGAUCCGAGAAUAAUCUAUCGGCCGUGAGAAGUGAAGGUAUGGUGGAAUUAUCUUGGAUCUCUUCUUCUGAUUAGAUGCAUCUAACAUUUUUACAUUAUGGUCGUAUUUAUUAUAUUACUUACCAUAAAAAACGGAUUAGAAAUUCUAAGCGAAAAUAUAUGAUGAAUGGAAACAUUAAUUAGUGUAUGGAAAGAUUUUGGAAUCAUUUGUGUUAUAAAGGUUCUAUGGUCUAAUUAACGAUGACUUUCUUCUACAUAUUCGAACAAUGUUUUUUUUUUUUUUCCUUUUCUUUUAAUGUUAUAUCGGUUUUAUUCCUUGUUGGACUGGAUGUGUAUAUAUGUGAUUUUGAACAUCGGCUCACAGGGGCACAUGAGAUUUGGAACUUCGAGAUAUAAUUUGAAAUUUCACUAAGGUAAGAAUACGAUUUUCAAAAAUCUCAAGAAGCAUGUGCCUAUAGAGCAGAAGUAGUGUCACAAGGGACCCAAAAAAGAUAACAUGCUUCUACUUUUGGCAAAGAAAAAUGUUGAAAGUCUAUUGUUACUAGGGUUACGUUACUUACGUAUGAACCCUAAAAAAGAACCUUUGCACUAUUGCUAAAACAUGAACCUGUGCAAAGUGUAAAUUAUAUAUGUAAUAAGUUUAAUUUGCCUAGGAUAUAUUGAAAACACGUAGAGAGGGAGUGAUUGGUGGCGAGAUCUAGGGAAUCGUUAGCCGCCGCUUAUCCUAAAUUCAUCUUAUUUUAUUUGAAACUCACAUGACACUUCCCCAUAUAUUCAUCUUUUUUUCUUUCUUUUUUUUAUCUUUAAAAUUUUGUAAUAUAGGCUUAUUUUUGUUUAAUUAUGUCAUUAUAAUUUGAUAGCGUCAUUUCUCCAGAGACAUCCGAUUGAAAAAAACAUGCGUCACUCAAUACGUCACAACGUCAUGUCUCGUAAUUUCUUUAAUCAUAAUCCAUCAAACCGAAACUUCGAUGGUUACAUCUCUAGGACGAUUUCACGUUAGUUAGCAAAAUUGCUUCAAUCACACAGAAACAAAUCC